UAUUGAUAAAUGAUAGCAACGCCGAUUUGCAAACUAGUGGCGGAUGCUUCGAAAGGGUCACCCCCUUUCACUUCUAUCCACAACUUAGAGAAGGAUGGGGGAAGGAUUUAUACGCAAUUUCGCAGUCCAAGCCGCAGCUUCGUGUACUUAAGAACACCCAUUAAGAAUUCCCCUCUUUCACCGCCCACUGCAUCUCGUUCAAUUUCAAGCAACCCCUGAAAGCUGAGGGGGCCUUCUUGACUGGAAUUUCUGCAAUUCUGCUCAUAAUGGCUUGCAGACUUGCGGAUUCCAUGUUUCUUUUCACUGGCCCCCAUCAGAAUUCAGCUCGAACACAAAAAACUGCAUCCCAUUAUUCUCCGGGUAUAUUGCACGUGAAGGGGGAAAUAAUAUUCCAGAAGAAAAUCAAGCGACGAAACUAUCUACUUCCCGUGAAGAGGGCUGCAAUUUUACGGGCUGUUGCUGUUCCAGUUGCACCACCUACUUCAGCAGAUAGUUCUGAAUAUAGAAAACAAUUAUCAGAAAGCUAUGGAUUCGAGAAAAUUGGAGAACCUCUUCCUGAAAAUGUUAGGUUGAAAGAUAUUGUUGAGUCCCUUCCAAAAGAGGUGUUCGAGAUCAAUGAUGUGAAAGCAUGGAAAUCUGUUUUAGUAUCUGUAGCUUCCUAUACAUUAGGUCUUAUCAUGAUUGCAAAAGCUCCAUGGUAUUUACUACCUUUGGCUUGGGCAUGGACUGGGACUGCAAUAACAGGGUUCUUUGUUAUAGGUCAUGAUUGUGCUCACAAAUCAUUUUCAAAGAACAAGUUAGUGGAAGACAUCGUGGGUACUUUGGCUUUCCUACCUUUAAUAUACCCAUACGAACCUUGGCGGUUUAAGCACGAUCAACAUCAUGCGAAGACAAACAUGCUGAAAGAAGAUACGGCUUGGCAUCCUGUGUGGAAAGAGGAAUUUGAUUCAGUACCUCUUAUGCGUAAAGCAAUCAUAUAUGGAUAUGGUCCAUUUCGACCGUGGAUGUCUAUAGCUCAUUGGUUGUUGUGGCACUUCAAUUUGAAAAUAUUCAGACCAAAUGAAGUGAAAAGAGUGAAGAUAAGCCUAGCUUGCGUUUUUGCAUUUAUGUUUAUUGGAUGGCCAUUGAUCAUCUACAAGGCUGGGAUUCUCGGAUGGGUCAAGUUCUGGUUAAUGCCAUGGCUGGGCUACCACUUUUGGAUGAGCACUUUCACCAUGGUCCAUCACACAGCUCCUCAUAUACCAUUUAAAUCUUCAGAAGAGUGGAAUGCAGCCCAAGCACAGCUCAAUGGAACGGUUCAUUGUGCUUACCCUCAGUGGAUCGAGAUUCUAUGCCACGACAUCAAUGUGCACAUCCCCCACCACAUUUCUCCAAGAAUCCCAAGUUACAACUUACGUGCAGCCCACAAGUCUCUUCAAGAGAACUGGGGAAAGUAUCUGAACGAGGCUUCAUGGAAUUGGCGAUUAAUGAAGACGAUCAUGACGAUGUGCCAUGUCUACAGUAAAGAGGAAAACUACGUCGCUUUUGACCGACUCAACCCAGAAGAUUCUUAUCCCAUUACAUUCCUCAGGAAAGUUAUGCCUGAUAUUGCUUGAUUUUAUUAUAUCUUACCAACCUUCAGGAACAUAGACACUUUCGCUUCUUUCUAUCUCGGUGCAAUUCUUUUCUCCACAAAUUUUGAGGAAUGAAUGGAAGGAACUUGGUGUCCUAUAUCGAGUUGAUGAAUUUCUCUCUGCUGUACUUUCCAGUUCGUCGCUCUCCCUUUUUUUACGACGAAACUAUUCCUUUGCCCAGUAGUAAUGUUCUGUAACCUUUUCUUUACAUAGUUGUUACCUAAAGAGAAAAGACAGACACUUUAGUGCUUUCUGUUGCCACUUUACAAAAAGUUCGGAAACAUUCUAGUUUCCAAACACA